AUGGAGAGCUUCAUGGAGUCAGUGAACAGGCUGAAGGAGAUCCACGAGAAGGAAGUCCUGGGCCUGCAGAACAAGCUUCUGGAACUGAACUCAGAGAGGUGCCGGGACGCUCAGAGGAUCGAGGAGCUCUUUGCCAAGAACCACCAGCUCCGGGAACAGCAGAAGACACUGAAGGAGAACCUUCGGGUGCUGGAAAACAGGCUGCGGGCCGGCCUGUGCGAUCGCUGCUUGGUCACCCAGGAGCUGGCCAGGAAGCGGCAGCAGGAGUUCCAGAGCUCCCACCUGCAGAACCUACAGCACAUCUUCAUCCUCACCAACGAGAUGAACGGACUGAAGGAAGAGAACGAGACCUUGAAGGAGGAGGUGAAGCGGCUUCGGGGCCUGGGAGACAGGCUCAAGCCCCUGGCCAAGGAGGGCACCUCAGACCCCCCGUCACCCCUGCUGCUCCCCUCCCCCGGCGGCUGGAAGGCCAUCACAGAGAAGCCACCAGGAGGCCAUGAGGAGGCUGAGGAAGACCACCAGGGCGCAGGCCUACAGGGAGAAGAAAAGCCAGCAGGGCACAGGGCAUCUCCAGUGGCCAAAAUCUCACCAGGGGCCACCCUGCCUGAGUCGUGGGCCCCAGACAUGAGCCCCCAGCGCAUCUCCAACCAGCUGCACGGGACCAUCGCCGUGGUACGGCCAGGGUCCCAGGCUUGCCCUGCUGACCGUGGCCCCACCAAUGGGACGCCGCCACCACUGCCCGCCAGGAGCAGCCCACCCAGCCCAGCGUAUGAGCGCGGCCUCUCUCUGGACAGCUUCCUGCGGGCCUCCCGGCCCUCUGCCAUGACCCAUGAGACCCUGAAGCACUCCCCGAAGGUGGACCGGCUCUGCCUCCUAAACCGCCCCCUCUCCCUGCACCUUCGGAGCCCCCGCAGCAGCCCCCUGGCCCCUGCUGCAGCCCCCCGUGACCCCCGGCUCCAGGACCUGAAGGCCGGAGAAGCAGAGGCCUGGGAGGAGCCCAUAGAACUGCUGGGGCUGCCCAGUGCCCUGGCGGGCAUGCAGGACCUUCGCCUGGAGGGGGCACUGCACCUGCUCCUGGCCCAGCAGCAGCUGCGGGCUCGGGCCAGGGUAGGCAGUGUCAGGCCAAGGGGCCAGCUCACACCUGGGGAGAUGCCGCCCUCCCCACCAGCCGGCUCAGACUCUGAGGGCCCUGAGAGUGAGGGGGCCAGGGCAGCUCUGGCCGCAGCAGCAGGCCUGCCUGGAGGGCGGCACACACAGCCUGUAGGCCCAGGCCGCGCCCAGAGGACGGAGGCUGCAGCAGCACUGGACUGUGCCCCAGACAAGCCCCUGGACCUCUCGGAGUGGGGCCGGGCCCGGGGCCAGGGCACUCCCAAGCCAGCCGGCCAGCAUGCAUCACUCAGCCCUGCCACUGCCCACACUCCCAGCCCCGAGCCACCCACCGAGUCUGGACCCCUGACUCGCAGUCCCCAGGCACUCAGCAAUGGCACCAAGGGGACCAGAGCACCAGAGCAGGAGGAGGCUCGCACUCCUGUGGACCCCUCACGCCCACUUCCAGGGUCCCAGCUCAGCCUGUCCUCUCCAGGCAGGACAGGAGAUGAAGACACAGGGAGGCCUCUGCCACCUCCCCACCCACAGCUGCCUCCCCACCCACAGCUGCCUGACCUGGACGGCCACUCAGAGCCCAGCAAGGCUGAAGUGCUGAGACCAGAGUCCAAGGAACGGGAUGAGACAGACACCCCAGGCAGCGAGGUGCUCCUCCUCCUGACCACACCCCCUUCUCCCCAGGCGGACCAGAGCACGACUGGGGAGGGGCCCGGGUGUAUCUGCGCCCAGGAGCACGGGCAGGGUCUGCCACGGAAGAGGAAGCAGGCCUCGGAGCCCGGGGACAAAGCCUCCAAAAAGCAAUCCAGAGGGAGAAAGAAACUGACAGCCACUGAGGGCCCCGGGAGCCCAAGGGACGCCAAGGACGACAGUCCCUCCCCCGACAGCAGCCCCUGGGAGGAGACCUAG